AUGUUCUCUUUCAAGAACCUUUCCGUUCUGGCCGCCGUCGCUGGCGUCGCUUUUGCGCUGCCCACUCCCGCGGAGGAUUCGGCCCUGGUCGAACGCCAAUGGCGUGGACAUGGGCACUGGCAACGCCCCGACAACGUGGUCUGGGUCACCGUCACUGCUACCGCUGAUGAUGCUUCCAUUCCUACCGCCACCGCCGCGGCAGUUCCCGUCAGCACACCCGCGUCCGUCUCCGUCCCCGCCGCCGCACCCGCAACCCCUACAGCCGACACUUCCGGUGCAACCGGCUACUUCGCCAUCGUCUCGAAAUGGCGCGCGGCUGGUGGCCUCCCGGCCUUCACCCAGGACAGCACCCUCGAGGCCAACGCUCUGAAAACUGCCACGGACAGCGGUGGCGCACUGAAACAUGAAUUAAACCCCGGGACUUUUGCUCAAGUCCUCGCCCCUGGCACAGAUGACGACAACUCAUUCCUGAGUUCCUACGUCGGUGGCUGGCUCUGCGAGAUCCCUACGUUGCCGGGAUUGAACGGAAUUUGCGCGACGCUCGGUCAAGGCUGGACUCAUUCUGACACGGGUCAUGCAGACAUCCUGACGUCUACAUCUUACACGAAAAUUGGUUGUGCAAAUGCAGACGGCAUCUGGGCGUGCGACUUGUCGUGA